AUGGGGGGACAAGCCUGUGAGACUCAGUACAGGCCAGAGGAGAACUUCAGUAGCUACUCAAACCUUAUUACAUGUGAAAGAAUCAACUUGGAAGAGACACGCUACACAUGCCAUGAGUGUGCGAAAAGCUUCAGUCGGAACUCAUACCUUACCACACAUCGUAGAACCCACACUGGAGAGAGACCUUAUGGAUGCUCUGAGUGCGGGAAACAGUUCAUUGAUAGUUCAUCCCUUAUCUCACAUCAGCGAAUUCACACAGGAGAGAGACCCUACACGUGCUCUGAGUGUGGGAAAAGCUUCAAUCAGAGCUGCACCCUUAUCACACAUCAGAGAAUCCACACUGGAGAGAGACCUUAUGGAUGCUCUGAGUGUGGGAAAUGCUUCAGUCAGAGCUCUACCCUUAUCACACACUGGAGAACCCACACUGGAGAGAAACCCUACAUGUGCUCUGAGUGCGGGAAAUGUUUCAAUCAAAGCUCUGCCCUUAUGACGCAUCGGAGAAUCCACACAGGUGAGAAACCUUAUGGAUGUUCUGAGUGUGGGAAACACUUCAUUGAUAGUUCAACCCUCAUCUCACAUCAGCGAAUUCACACAGGAGAGAGACCCUACACGUGCUCUGAGUGUGGGAAAAGCUUUAGUCGGCGCUCACACCUUAUCACACAUCUUCGAAUCCACACAGGAGAGACGCCCUACACGUGCACUGAGUGUGGGAAAAGCUUUCGUCAGAGCUCUGUCCUUAUCAGACAUCAGAGAAUCCACACAGGAGAGAAGCCCUACACAUGCUCUGAGUGUGGGAAAAGCUUUAGUCAGAUCUCAGACCUUAUCAGACAUCGUAGAGUCCACACAGGAGAGAAGCCCUACACAUGCCAUGAAUGUGGGAAAAGCUUCAGUCGGAGCUCUGCCCUUAUCACACAUCAGAGAAUCCACACUGAAGAGAAAUCUUAUGAAUGCUCUGAGUGUGGGAAAUGCUUCAUCGAUAGUUCAGCCCUCAUCUCACAUCAGCGAAUCCACACA